AUGGCCGGAUUGCACGAGCUAAGGGAGGAUUAUCUCAUGCAAAGCGAUGAUAGUACGUGUUCUGCUUCGACAGACCAUACCUCUGGCACUAUCUUUGUAGGCAUUGACCUUGGCGCUUGCUUCUCUGGUAUCUCGUAUGGGCGAUUCGAUCCUCAGGAUGUGGCUUUCCCUCGGUGCUGGAUUCAUACCGCAACCCUUGGUGACGUCUCGGGAUCGAGGGUUCAGACCAGGAUCCCGGUCAAUUAUUACGACAAACACUUCAAAGGCCCCUUCCUAGAGUGGUUCAAAAUGUCCCUGUUCCGCAAGGAGGGCUUGCCCGACAAUGUCCUUCGUUCAAGCAAGGUCACUGAACUAACCAUCCUUCACCAGAGCUUGAAAGUGUCGGCAGUGACAGCUAUGGUAGAUUAUCUCAAACUGCUCUGGUCCGACUUUCAUGGAAGCCUUGACCUCUAUGUGUAUGAUUUUGAGUAUAAUCUUAUCAUUGCAGUUCCAGGCAACUGGCCCGUCUAUGUGCGCCGAAUGAUGCUUGAGGCCAUCCACAAAGCAAACAUCCUCUCCGACAAGGUCCACCUGAGUCCCAAGUUCAUUUCAGAUAUAGAGGCCGCUUCCAUUGCACUUGUAUUGGACCUAAGCAAAGAACACAAUGACACACAUCCAAUCCUCAAAGCUGGGGAUGUGGUUGUUGUUUGCGACUGCGGCAGCUUCACGACGGAGUUUACCGCCUACAAGAUUUGCUUAAUUCAAUCCCUUCAAAUGGAUGAAAUCACCCGAGCGGAGUGUAUUUUUGCCGGUGGAGCUUUAAUCGACAAUGCCUUCAUGAAUCUCCUGAAAGCAAAGAUAAAGAAGAAGCACCCCAGAUCCAUAAUCGACCUUUCUAUGGAAGAACUUCGUGAAAUUGCCCAUGAUCAUUGGGAAAAGGACAUGAAGUGCAACUUUAGCGGCGAUCGUCGUGAAUGGACAUUUGAGGUUCCUUAUGGGGGUGGUUAUACUAACACGAGUAUGACCAUUUCUUUCAGCGCAUUUGAACUUGCACUGAUCUUUGACCCCAUUGUUGACAAGAUUACAUCACAAAUCAAGGGUUUAUUUGAUCAUGACAGUAUCCGGGGAACGUAUCAGCCGCAUGUCAUUAUAGCCGGCGGUUUUGGCCGUAGCCCCUAUGUUCAGACUCGGAUCAAGCAAGUUGUGUACAAGCACAAUUCACCAGUCACUGUUCACUGCCCCCCAGGCGAUCAAGGAUGCACUGCGGUAUCUCGAGGAGCUGUUCUCCGAGAGCUUCAAGGAUUCGGGUCAGCCUCGCUUAACCAUCGUAAGACACAAUUAUAUGUGACUUCUCGCAUCGUCCGCGCCAGCUAUGGCGUAGCUCUGUACCCUGAAUUAGACACCAUUUGGCUUUUGAAAGAGGGUGAAAGACUCUCCGCAGUCGAACAUCAUCGAGUGUCUCUGCCGCCGGAAGCCAUAUCGACAACUGAUACAAUCGAUGGCUUGAGCAACACUGUCUGGCUUUUCUACAAAUCUAGAGACAACUCCUACAAACAGCCCUUCUGCAAAAUCUUUUGGCCUCUCACAGGCCCCAAGACAGAACUUGUGGUCGACUUUGAAUGGGAUAGCAUUCACAUGGAGGUUUCGAUCCUUCAUGAAGGGCGUAAAUUGGAUGGGCUGAGCACUGAGUAUUGUCCCCGCGCCUGA